AAUUACUUGGCACUUUCAAGUGCGCUUCCUCUGCAGGAAUACGUGGAAGUGUUGAAUUCAUCAUGUUGUUCUUAGAAGAAGCAUGAGGCGUGCCGUUCGGCUCUGCGGCUAGCUCCGUAUUCGAAAUUAAGCGAGAGAUUUCGUCAAGCAGGUUGGCCACCGCCUCGGUGUGAUUCUCCCGGAAGAAGUCAGAACCUUUAGGAGCAUGGAUUGUUCUCAGCUUUUAGCGAUUAUUUGUACGCUAAUCUCGAUUUGCUCAGCGGUCGAGCUUACUUUCGAACUUCCGGAUAAUGCAAAAGAAUGCUUUCACGAAGAAAUCCAGAAGGAUACGCAAAGCACGUUGGAGUUCCAGGUUGUCACGGGUGGCCAUUAUGAUGUAGAUGUUACGAUCGAGUCUCCGACUGGCCAGAUUCUGUACCAGCAAGUCAAGAAACAAUUCGAUUCAUUUCCGUUCAAGGCGGAUGUCACUGGACCUUACUCAGUUUGUUUCUCGAAUGAGUUCUCAACUUUUAGCCACAAACUAAUCUACAUGGAUUUUCAAGUGGGGGACGAAGCCCCGCUGCCUGGUCUGGGUGAGCAUCACACUGCGAUGACGCAGAUGGAGUCAGCUGCUCAAAUAAUCCACGAAAACCUGAACACUGCGUUAGAUACUCAAACGUACUUCCGCCUUCGGGAGUCUCAGGGGCGGAAAAGAGCUGAAGACCUUAACGAACGGGUUUUGUGGUGGUCUGCGGGACAGACGAUAGCUAUUUUAUUGAUUGGUGUUGCUACGUGUCGUGAGGGCUUGGAUGGAUCAGCAAUUUUAAUUGAACACGUGCUGCGGCGAGAUCAGUGCUGGGAAGAAUAUCUGUAUUUGCAAGGCAUGGAAGACAUUUAUGGGAAAGAACUGAGCGACGAUCGACGUCAAGCCAUUGAGCAUUUUAAAAGCAUCUUCGAAAAUCCCCGAUCGAGUUUUCUGGAGGGACUGACUUAUACCAGUACUGAAUAUUCGCGUGGGGCUCUCAACUUGACUUGUUCGUCGGGUACUGUAGUCAAAGAGUCGAUCGGAUUUUCGGAUGCAAAUGAUACCAGCUUGAAUGAGGACAUGCUCGUGACGUUGCUUUUGCGAGUGAAGAGAAUUCGCGAUGACGACGAACCGGUUCCCGGAGCAUUUUCUAUGUCACCGUCGAUCACUAUAAAAAUGCGGGGUGAACACGGUUUUCUUUCAGCCGUGGAUUGGCCACUUCUUCCUUUCUAUGCCACGAUGUGCACGAUCUACGUUUUGUACGCGAUUGCUUGGAUGACUUUGUGCUUCAUGCACUGGAAAGACAUCUUGCAAGUACAAUAUUGGAUCGCUGCAGUGAUCGUGAUGGGAAUGACGGAAAAGGCAGUCUUUUAUGCCGAAUAUUCGAGCGUUAAUUCAACCGGCAAAUCCAUUAGCGGUGCAGUCGUGGCUGCAGAAAUCGUGUCCGCGUUGAAGCGAGCGCUUUCGAGAAUGCUCGUGAUCAUCGUUUCCAUGGGAUUCGGGAUCGUGAAGCCAAGGCUGGGACAAAUGAUGCCGAGAGUUUUCCUGGCUGGAGGACUGUAUUUCGUGCUCGGUUCGGUGGAAGGAUGUCUACGAGGGUUGAGGCCAAAGAACGAUGCCUCGGGUGACCUAUUCGUGACACUAGUUCCACUGGCACUUCUCGACUCCGUCAUUUGCUGGUGGAUUUUUGCGUGUCUCGUUCAGACCCUUCGAGCCCUGAAGCUCAGAAGGAAUAUUGCCAAAACGUCUCUUUAUCGUCACUUUGCCAACACGUUGGCAUUCGCUGUUAUCGCGUCGGUGGUGUUUAUGUUGUGGUCGGUGAGGUACCACAGAAUGGAACUUUGUUUGCAGAGCUGGAAAGGGUUGUGGCUAGACGAGGCUUUCUGGCACAUGCUUUUCUCUCUCGUGCUUUUGGUUAUUAUCGUGUUGUGGCGACCGACGAAGAAUAAUCGAAGGUACGCGUUCUCCCCUAUUCUGGAUAGGGGAGAAGAUGAGGAGGACGAAGAAGGAGAUGAUGAACAGUUGUUGUUUUCCGCUGCGGAAGAGCGAGGGAUGCGUGUUAGGAAGAUGUCAGGUGCACGACAGCUCAGUCCUGGUGAUAAGCUAAAGCAGAAAGAAGAACGUAAGAAGAAAGAGCUUGAGUCCAAUGAAUGGAACUCGACGAAUUUGCCUCCUUCUUUUGCUGAUGCCGCAAUCCCGGCGUUGAUUGAUUCGGAGGAGGAACUUGUGAGCACGAGGCUCGAGUUGUCAAAAGUGGACUAGUCAUCGUUCAUUCCAACAACGUUCAGUUGUAUCCUUUGGUUGACUGGAAACAAAAGUUGCACAGUUGGUUGGUAUGUACACGUUGUUGUGCUAGUGUUUUCCAUUCAAAUUACCUGCACGCAAUUUUUAUAUUGAGAUACCGGAAAGAAAUCAAAGUCGACGAAGUUCUCCUGUCCUUUUUGUGUUUUUGAAGAUCCGAAGAUUUCAAGUAAUUCCUGUGGAAAUGGAGAGACGAACCAGUUUUCUCAUAGUAUAUGAACACAUUUUUGACAUGACCUUCAAGUUAGACGCAUUUUUUCGAGCUUCCAUGAGAGUGCUUAAUGAUGCGAAUGGCUCUCCUAAAAUUGUAUCCCGUCAUGUAGACGUGCAGUGACGAAAGAACGGUACCCAGAAAAUAAGCCUACUAAACUGUAAAACGAGGCAAGCCUGAAGUUUUUCAUUUGGUCCAUUAUAAUUUACUUAGAAACAGUACUUAGAGGAAGUGAAAAGUCAGCCUGGAAUUUAAUCUUCACAAAUAUGUAUGCUUCUGGUGGACGGAGGAUUCAAAUUCAAAAUUUUGGGCAAAUUAAUGCUACUACUAGACAAUUCCCGAAGCAAAUAAUAAUUUGGCUAUGACUAGAAUCAUCUCUGGAAGCAUUGAAACAAGUUGAAAGCUUUUUGAGAAAAGCAUUUAAGCCAUGAGUUCGGUACUCUUCAAAUAUACAUUAUUUUUUAUUUAAUUUGCCGCGAAAGAAAUUAAAGAAUUUGGGAAAACGCAGUGGAGGACUCAUACGACUGAUGAAAAAUCGCCCGAUGAUUGGUUUCUGUGAAGAAUGAAAUACUUUCACAGAAACGUACCAAAUGAUAGUCGCUUUGUGCCUGUUGAAUUCAAAGCGAGAUUUCAGAAUAAUGAGUAGAAUUAAUUUGUCUUUCUGGAAUGAAGAGGGCGGAAUUUAUGGCGAUCUAGUUGAAUGCGUAAGAUUGCUUUCAAAAGAGGAUAACUGAAAAAGUUAAGCUUCAUCCGUUGUAUUUAUUGUGAUUUUUUUUAUGAAAGUUGCGUGCCGAGUUUUUUGAACUUGAGGAAAAUGCUCAGCACAAUAGACCAGGGGUGUGAUGCGUCAUCUGUCGGUGGUUUUGAAGGGAUUUUUCGAGUCGUGAUCUCGAUGCGCACGUUUUCUCAAGUCACUGAUUUGAAGUAUUCGAAAUGUCCGAUACCCAUCCAAAUGGUUCAUAUUUUCUUGCCUACGUUUUAUGAAUUCAUCCUCGCGAGAAGGGAUUUAUGAGAAUUCAUCCUGGUAAGACGGUUUUUUGUUUUGUUUUUGCUUAUGUGACUCGCCUGUACUCAAAAUUAACCCGCUUGCUUUGAAAUGUCGUUUCCGGGCGAGAAUUUUCGUUGAGUUGAUAUUUUUUCUUGGAUCCUUUUUCCUAGAGUCGUGGUUUCAACAGAAAAUUACUGAAAUUCUGGUGAACGGUUCGAGCAUUGAAACUCGAACGUCGUGAGAAAUAGCACAAGAAGUGAAGGCGUGAGGAACAGUUGCCAAGAUGCCCCCUAUUGAAAAAAUUGCCUUGAAAGACAAAAGUAUGGUUGAAAAUGAUCGCAUUCCAAAAGAGCAACUGAAACAACUUCGUAACGCAGAUUCAGAAGGGUAGAAAAUAUUUCAGAAGUGGAAGAGAAGGUUGUUACUGUGAGGGGAAUUUUCUAGCCUUUUUUUUUUUUUAAAUCGACGAAGUGCUUGCUCGGGUUUUUCUCCCCAUUUUCGCUUGAAUCGGCGUUUUUACUCGAAUCGUGUUGAGGCACCGGAGUUUUGUGAUGUUCCCGCAGUUUUUCUUUGUGAUUUGGAUUUGCUGAAAUUGGCGAAAAAGCAUCUGCGCAAAUGUAUGCUGUUGCGUAUCCGUGCGUUUAAAAUUUCUGUUGACUUGCGGAAAAAACGCCAUUUUGAUGGAUGGGAUCUAUUCUAAUUGUAGGCAAUUCCAGUUGUUCGACAUAUAUUUUCCCGGGAAUUCUAGGCAUC